GCUGCAGUCUGAGCGCUGCUCUCGCACUCAGCCUGUUUAUAUCUCGAGAUAAACUCGCUAUGUCGGGGUUUUAUCUUAAAAUAAGGGGUUUAUCUCAGACCUGGAGCCCUUAGAUGCGGUUUAAAGGCUCUGUUUCCGCCUCGGGACAGGAUGUGAGGAUUAAUGUCACUAAUAAAACUCAAACUGGGGAUUAAAAAUGGGCAAACUCCAGUCCAAACACGCCUGCAGAAGGAGGGAGAACCCUGAAGGGGACAGUUUCGUGGUGAAUGGCUUUAUAUCAAAAAGAGGAGCUGAGGAAAGUGACAGAUAUGGAACGGAGCAGAAAAUACGAGAAAUUCAGGGGUUGCACAGCAGUUCUGAGCUGAAGGAAGGACAUAUUGUAGAACAGCAGUGCCCUCUGGAGGUGGUCCUGCCCCCGGAGAAGGGGGAGGGCUGUGAGAGUGUGCUGCAGUUUGUUCAGGGUGAGGACGGAGAGAGAGAGAACAACAAAGGGAGGAAACGCAUCAGCCUGAACGAGCUGGAGUGUGAUGUGUCGGUGGAGGAUGAUAACAGGCAGGAGUGGGUCUUCACUCUCUACGACUUUGAUAACAGUGGAAAAGUUACCAAAGAGGACAUGUCCAGUCUCAUGCACACUAUCUAUGACGUGGUGGACGCCUCGGUGAAUCAGUCGUGCCACAGUAAGAGUAAAACACUGCGAGUGAAGCUAACCGUUACACCUGACCCCAGCCACCGGCGUAGAGAACACACACACUCCGGCACAGAGCGGGACUGGAGCUGCAGUCGGGGGGAGUCUGUUCAGCAGGAGGAAACCCGCGGAGCUGACCGACGACACUCCACUCACAUCAGAGGGCAGGGGGCGGAGCCUCCAGAGAGGAAUCAUUACUGUGUGGAUGAGAACACGGAGAGGAGGAAUCACUACCUGGAUCUGGCCGGCAUCGAGAACUACACCUCCAGAUUCGAAGUGACGGCGCCCCCCGCAGUGCGUGAGGAUCACUGCGCCCGGCCGUCUCUCUCUCAGAGCCGCUCCCGCUCUCAGGAGCCGGAGCCUCAGACUCAGCAGCGCCGCUCGCAGGUCAUCCCCGAGCACUGCACCCGCCCCGCCCACAGCCGGUCACCUAAAGGAGCCUCCAGAGGAGGGGGCGGAGCCACCGGAGGGGGGAGGGGCAGCAAGUGCUACGUGUAUUACCCCCCAGCCCCGGCCGGGCACCACGGGGGGCAGGAUGUUUACCACCUGACCCAGCAGAGCCAAUCACAGCCGAGCUCCCACCCCCUCCAGCACAGCCACAGCAAGAGACUGCGGUCCAGGACCAGGGAUCAGUCCAGCAGCAAACCCCCCCAACAGCCCCCCCCCGACCGAGAGUCCGGCCUCGUCCUGCCAGUGGUGCAGCGGCACGAGCAUCACCAUCACCACGAGCAUCACCAUCACCAUCACUAUCAUCACUAUCACCAGACAUGACCAGAGACACACUGAGGACCAGAAUUUGAGAAAACUGUGGAUUUUGUGCUGAAGUUUCACAUUUUACUCCAGGCUGCUCAUCCAUAUCCUCACUCUGAAGCUCUGCAAGGACCAGAAGGAUGUUCUCGUCUCUGAUUGGACGCUGGAUCAUUAGAUCCAGACGAAUAGAAGUGUGGAGUUAAGAGGUUCUGACCCAUCUCAGGUGAAAGGUGCUGCUCUUUAGCUUUUCAGAAUUUAAAAGCUGUUUUUAAUCUGGAGGAUUUGACCCGCUGUGGACUGAGGGGUCCUCCAGGGCUCCAGGGUACACGACACCACUGCCAGUGUAUAAUGCUAAAUAUACGACUGUAUGUAUAAAACUAUACGACUAUAUAUGAUUAUUCUAUUGCCUGAUUAUACAGCAUGGGGGCGCUGUCAUGCAGAAAACCUCUUAACUCCAAAACAAUAUAAAGAACAGCCGCCACAUUCACAUUAUGGUUUUUUGCAUGACAGGGACGAUAUGCAUAUUUCUAUCACAGGCAAUAUAUAUGCAUAUAUAUUUUUGUCUUUGUUUUUUUUAUAUAAAUAUAUUUUAAUAAAGUGCUUUGUAAACACUUAGUAUUUUAAA